AUGCCUCUUAAGAUUAUCGGAGCAGGUUACGGACGAACAGGUACCAACAGCUUACGUCUAGCUUUGGAAACACUAGGUUACCGUACCCACCAUAUGUCUCAACUAAUGGGAGACUCUGUACAAGAUCCAUUUGUCUGGCAAAGAGCAUAUGAUAACCCAGGAAGCCACCCUGACGAGUGGGAAAGUGUGUAUGGUAAAUACGAUGCUGCCAUAGACUGGCCAACUGUGACAGUCUACGAACAAUUGCUGAAGAAAUAUCCCGAUGCAAAGGUCAUCCUGACGGUUCGAUCAGCAGAGAGUUGGUACAAAUCUAUGUGUAACACGAUCUUCAAAUUUUUCGAGGACGAUACCAAGCAGCACCCUGAACAUAUUACUAAUGUAAUAACGUUCCAGAGGUCUACUAUGUUUGAUGGCUAUAUCAAAGGAGACCUUUCUAAAAUUAAAAACAAAGAAGAACUUUGCUGGAUAUUCGACGAGCAUAUCAAAAGAGUCAAGGCACUUGUUCCUCCCGAAAAUUUACUUGUACUUGAGUUGGGUGAAGGUUGGAGUCGUCUGUGCGAAUUUUUGGGGUGUCCUGUCCCUGAAAUACCAUAUCCAAAUACCAACAGUUCGGGAGAAAGCUUCGAUUUAUAUAUCAAAUCAGUGUUUGAUGCAUUGGAGAAACAAAAUUUGUGUCCAACAAUAGGAAAGACUGCUUAG